CAUCUCCGUGGUGCUCGUCUCCCUGGUAUUGGCCUUCAGCUCCGGUUUCCUGGCCGCAGAAUUCAGAGACAAGCACUACUACGUCUCGGCCCUGCAGCGGGACAGCGUGGCCGCAGACACCUUCCUCAUGUUCUGGGGCUUCCUCAUCCUGCUCAGCGUCACCAUCCCCAUGGCCAUGUUCAUCAUAUCCGAGUUCAUCUACCUGGGGAACAGCGUCUUCAUCAACUGGGACCUGAACAUGUACCACGAGGCGCAGGACGUGCCGGCCAAGGCCCGAAGCACCAGCCUCAACGACCACCUGGGCCAGGUGGGGUACAUCUUCUCGGACAAGACGGGGACGCUCACGCAGAACAUCCUGACCUUCAACAAGUGCUGCAUCAACGGCCGCGUCUACGGGCCGGAUUCGGAGGCCAGGAGACCUAAGGAGAACCCCUACCUCUGGAAUGAGUUCGCGGACGGGAAGCUGCUCUUCCACAACGCGGCCCUGCUGCGGCUGGUGCGGAACAACCGGGACGAGGCGGUGCGGGAGUUCUGGCGCCUGCUGGCCAUCUGCCACACGGUGAUGGUGCGGGACAGCCGCGGCCAGCUGUCCUACCAGGCGGCCUCCCCCGACGAGGAGGCGCUGGUCACCGCGGCGCGGAACUUUGGCUACGUCUUCCUGUCCCGCACCCAGGACACCAUCACCGUCAUGGAGCUGGGGGAGGAGCGGGUCUACCAGGUCCUGGCCAUUAUGGACUUCAACAGCGUGCGGAAACGGAUGUCGGUGCUGGUCCGCAAGCCAGAGGGCACCAUCGGCCUCUACACCAAGGGCGCAGACACGGUCAUCUUCGAACGCUUGCACAGGAGAGGGGCCACGGAAUUCGCCACAGAGGAGGCCUUGGCUGCCUUUGCCCAGGAGACCCUGCGGACGCUGUGCCUGGCCUACAGGGAGGUGGCUGAGGACAUUUAUGAGGAGUGGCAGCCACGCCACCAGAAGGCCAGCCUUCUGCUGCAGAACCGGGCACAGGUCCUGCAGCAGGUGUACAGUGAAAUGGAGCAGAACCUCAAGCUGCUGGGAGCCACAGCCAUCGAGGACAGACUCCAGGACGGCGUCCCUGACACCAUCAAGUGUCUCAAGAAGAGCAACAUCAAAAUAUGGGUGCUCACCGGGGACAAGCAGGAGACGGCUGUGAACAUCGGCUUUGCCUGCGAGCUGCUGUCAGAGAACAUGGUCAUUCUGGAGGAGAAGGAGAUCACCCGGAUACUGGAGUCCUACUGGGACAGCAACAGCAACUUUCUCACCAAGAAGUCCCUGUCCGGGGUCAACCUGGCCUUGGUCAUCAAUGGAGACUUCCUGGACAAGCUACUUGUGUCCCUGCGGAAGGAGCCUCGCGCCCUGGUGCAGAACGUGAACGUGGACGAGGAGUGGCAGGAGCCUGCCCAGUCCAGGAGGGACUUCCUCCACGCCCGGCGCCUGUCCCUGAUGUUCCGGAGCUUCGGGAUCCCGCUGGCCCCGCCGGCCCCGCCACCGCCGCAGUCCCAGGACUCCGGAGGCCGCUGCACCUCCGAGGUGCUACAGGAGCGCACCUUUGUGGACCUGGCGUCCCACUGCCAGGCGGUCAUCUGCUGCCGCGUGACGCCCAAACAGAAGGCCCUGAUCGUGGCGCUGGUGAAGAAGUACCACCAGGUGGUGACCCUGGCCAUCGGGGAUGGCGCCAACGACGUCAACAUGAUCAAGACUGCAGACGUGGGCGUGGGGCUGGCGGGCCAGGAGGGCAUGCAGGCGGUUCAGAACAGCGACUUCGUGCUGGGCCAGUUCCGCUUCCUGCAGCGCCUCCUGCUGGUGCACGGCCGCUGGUCCUACAUGCGCAUCUCCAAGUUCCUGCGCUACUUCUUCUACAAGACCAUGGCCAGCAUGAUGGUGCAGGUCUGGUUCGCCUUCUACAACGGCUUCACCGCGCAGCCCCUGUACGAAGGAUGGUUCCUGGCCUUCUACAACCUCCUCUACAGCACCAUUCCAGUUCUCUACAUUGGGCUCUUUGAACAGGACAUGAGUGCGGAGCAGAGCCUGGGGAAGCCGGAGCUGUACGUGGUGGGGCAGAAGGAUGAGCUCUUCAACUACUGGGUCUUCUUCCAAGCUGUCGCCCACGGCAUGGCCGCCUCUCUGAUCAACUUCUUCAUGACGCUGUGGAUCAGCUGGGACACGGCGGGGCCUGCUAGCUUCAGCGACCACCAGUCUUUUGCGGUCGUGGUGGCCCUGUCCUGCCUGCUGUCCGUCACCAUGGAGGUCAUUCUCAUCAUCAAGUACUGGAGUGCCCUGUGUGUGGUCAGCAUCCUUCUCAGCCUGGGUUUCUAUGCUGUCAUGACAACCACCACCCAGUGCCUCUGGCUCUUCAGAAUGGCCCCCAAGACCUUCCCAUUUCUGUACGCCGAUGUCAGCGUGCUGUCCUCCCCGUCCAUCCUGCUGGUGGUCCUGCUCAAUGUGUCCUUGAACACCCUGCCUGUCCUGGGCCUCCGAGUCAUCUUCCAAGCCCUCAGGAAGGCGCGUGCCGAGGUGAG